CAAGCGUGCAUCAGGCGCUAGGACUCUUGACUGUGCACGAGAGACACUCGCGGGCAUCCAUGUGAUGUGACUGCUGCUCGUAUCGCGAACGUGCGUCCUUUGUUACAACAUCUAUCCAUUACAACAUCCAUCCAGAGACAACCACAACAAGUCGGGCAACUGGGGCUCAGGGAGCCAAUGUAGCCUGCAGGCUGUGGCUAGUGCUGCUUGCUACUGAAGCACGAGUGUCCACUGUGUCCUUAUCGCAGCCUGUCUCUUUCUGCAAGCAUUUUGUCCGCCUUCAUCCGAAAUGGGCGACCAGUCGGAGACCAGUACAAGCGGAGCGGCCACCAAGAUGCGAAAGCUGUCGCUCGAGGAUCAGGGCACUGGAAGCAUGAGUCGCUCGCAACAACACGAGGGCCGGCAACACCUGAAUACGCUUUCUCAGCUUUUUGAAGCCGAUCAGAACGACCAUCGCGGCAGGAUGCUCAAGAAACUGCAUGACUUGGGCUUCCCUCCCGCACUCAUCCACCUCGUUCCCAGGUACUGGUCGCGCGGGCAUUCAGAACGCUACAAUGACGUCAAGGAGAAACGAUCGAGCGUGGCUGUUCACGUCGCAGUGGCACAGGAGAACGAGUGGUUUCGCACGAUGCUUGCUUCUGGUCUCUCAGAGGCACAAGCGUUACAGGAAGGCAAGCCGGUAUAUGUGGAGCUGGACACCAAUUUCUUGAUCUUGGAAGCUUUCGCAAAGUACCUUUAUGUCGGUAAUGUCCGCACAGUUGUGGAGCCUGCGCGCACUUUGGUCGGUGGUCUUGCUGGCCUCUUUGGGCUCGCACGUCAGGUGUGUGGAGCUCUUGAAACGGCCGCUCUCCCUCGCGUUCGACGUGCUCACGCGAUAACCGGCCUUGUUUAUCACCACGUGAAGGUGCUCGAUACCAAUCUAGCGCAAGCAGCACUCGACGCCUAUGCGGAACACAUCGAUCGCAAGCCAAUGCUCUCACAAUUGGCGGACCCUCUGGUUGUCCAGCAUCGCGAGCUAGCCUUCGUCGCUUUGAGAGCAGCUUUCAUGGUAAGCAAUUCGUGGGGACCAGCGUCGAGCCUGGCUGAUGGCUUGCCUUGCGCUACAGGAUCGCCAUUCCAGAACGUCGUUCGGCGGCCUAGCCGAGCAAGUAGUCAGUGCCAGAAGCACGGAUGGACCUGCUGCAAGGUCCGCAAUCUGGAAGCCUGUCGAAGACUUUUUGGAGACUGCGUGGUCUGCCAUAGAUGACAAAGACUCACCUCAAGGUCUGGUCCUGCAAGCAAUGCUGAAGAUGUCCCUGACGUGUCUGCUUCACGACAGUCCGUCAUCCGUACUCAAUCGCUGCAGUGCAGCAGACGGCCUACACACCUGGGUGCGUUCCGGCAACAACCACAGCUACGGCUCGUCGAGCAGCCUGACGUGCGAGAAGUGCCGUUCGAGCAUCGAUGCAAGAGAGC